AUGGCUACCACCACCAGAUCCUACAAUGAUGCCAUCGACGCCCUCAAUUCCCUCCAGACCCCCUUCGAGGUCGUCGAAGCCCGCCGCAAGGCCGGUAUUCGUCCCGAUGAGGCUGCCAUCCUCGAGAUGCGCACCUACAUAGCCCGCCUCGGCUACACCCCCUCCGCCCUGAACCGCCUCAACGUCAUCCACGUCGCCGGCACCAAGGGCAAGGGCACCACCUGCGCCUUCGCCGACUCGAUCCUCGCCCGCCACCGCGCCGCCACCGGUUUGCCCCGAAAGACGGGUCUCCUCAUCUCGCCGCACCUCGUCGCCGUGCGCGAGCGCAUCCGCGUCAACGGAAAGCCCAUUGCCGAGGCGCUCUUUGCGCGCUACUUCUUCGACGUCUGGGACAGGCUCGAGAGCUCGCGCGAGCAGAUCGACAAGCUGCCUGCGGGCACGAAGCCCGUGUAUGCGCGGUACAUGACGCUGCUGGCGCUGCAUGCCUUUCAUGGAGGAGGGCGUCGACUGCCCCGUGCUCGAGACGGGCAUUGGGGGCGAAUACGACGCGACCAAUAUCGUUCAGCUGCCUGUGGCGCCGGCAUCUCGACGCUCGGCAUCGACCACGUCUUUGCGCUGGGCGACACGGUGGAGAAGAUUGCGUGGCACAAGGGCGGCAUCAUGAAGACGGCCGCCCCGGCCUUCACCGUCGAGCAGGUCGAGGGCGCCGCGGCGGUGCUGCAGGAGCGGGCCGUGGAAAAGGGUGUGAACCUGACCGUCGUCGGCGUCGACCCGCGGCUGGAGCGUGUCAAGAUCCGCCCGGAUGCCUUGUUCCAGAAGCGAAACGCCAGUCUGGCCGUGGCGCUGGCCGAGGCGGCGCUCGCCAAGAUCGACCCGUCGUUCAAGCGACAGGAGGACUCCCUGCCGCAGGCUUUCGUGGACGGCCUCGAGCAGGUCGAGUGGCGGGGCCGCUGUGAGGUCAAGCCUGCCGAAGGUGUCACUUGGCACCUCGACGGCGCGCACACGACGGACAGUCUCAAGAUGGCAUCGCAGUGGUUCGCCGGCGAGACGAAGGAGAGGCCAGGAAAGAGGGCACUUGUCUUCAACCAGCAGGGUCGCACCGAGGCGAUCGACUUUUUGGAUGGCAUUCACAACACCAUCAAACGUGCCGACGGUACUUCGUUUGACCAUGUCGUCUUUUGUACCAAUGUCACCUACUCGACGGGGUACAAGAAGGACUUUGUCAACAACCAGUACGAUCCCAAGGCCAUCGAAGCUUUGACUGUGCAGCGGAGCUUUGCCGAAAAGUGGCAGGCCCUCGAUCCAGCCGCCAAGAUAUCCGUGAUCCCCACGAUCGAGGAAGCCCUGCACUUUGUAGAGAACCUCGGGCGAGACUCGAAAGAGGAGCCUGUGCAGGCGUUGGUCACGGGGAGUCUGCAUCUUGUGGGCGGCGCUCUCGGCAUUCUCGAGGGUGCUGAGGCCCUGUGA